CGGAGGAGGUAGCCGCCUUUCCUUCCUUUAGUCAGAAUUUCCCCUCCUCUUUCGAAUUCACUAGUCCAGACCCUGUUCCCUUCCCUUCUCUAGAGUCUUGAGGUAAAGCUCUGAGAUCCACCCUCGUAGGUUGGUACUCGUGUGGCAGCGGGAGUGGCGCCGCGGUCUUUCAUUCCCUUUGUGAGGUGACUCGCUCUUUUGUCACUUGGACUCUUGCAAUAAAUACCUCGACAGUCUCGGACACUUUCACACGGGUGGGAAGCGGGAUAGGACGUCGUCUCCCGCCUUCCACCAUUAUCAUCCUUCGAUUCCUUGCUGAGGAGUCCAGGCGCUUCUUCGCUUCCUUAGGUGCUGAUAUGAGUGCAGCCAUAAUGUGAAAAGUACAUUAAUCCCCGGAGUUACGUUGGUAAAAGACAAGUGAUGAUGGUACAGUGUGCCAUAUGAAAAAUGCCUUAUUGUAUGUAACAGCUGUUUAUGACACCUGGAAAACUGAGCAUGCUGGCUAUUGGGAAGAUAAUAAAAAAGAGCAAGAAUUAAAAAAAAAGAAUUAAAAAAGUGGCUGCAUAGAGAAUUGGAAUACAAAUAUGGAACUAGACAUCACCAAGGAUGAUCUGCCCUUAAUGGCGAAUACGAGCCACAUGCUGGUAAGGCAUUAUGUGUUGGACCUGGAUGUGGACUUCAAAAACCAUGUAAUGGGGGGCACUAUAGUUCUUUUCUUUGAUACUGACAGCAGAUGCAGAAGUGGAGACAGUGAGCAGGUGGAAAAAGCCUGUUACUCUUGGUCAGAUGGAACCUCCUAUAUUCGGGCACCUGAAGCCUGCUACAUUCCUGUGCCAAACACAAGUGCCUGCUCAACUAAAAGUGGAUGUAAUGAUUUUGCUGUCUGUGGUAAAGGUGAAAAUGAUACUUCUGAUAAAAACGGUAGUCAUGGCAACAGGGAACAGGCUUCUGGGUUUUCUAGUUCAAAGAAUUGCUGUGACAUUGAGAUUCAUGGAAGUGAAGAUUUUUUGCUGGUCCUGGACUGCUGUGAUUUAUCUGUGUUAAAGGUCGAAGAGGUAGAUGUUGCGGUAGUUCCAGGCAUUGAGAAAUUUACAAGCUCUGCUGGGUUAAUGGAUACUUCUAAGAAUCCAGGGGUUCUUAGGAAUCAAAUUGUGCAUGAACUUGUGACAUUACCUGCAGAUCAUUGGAGGGAGCAGCUUCACUAUUAUAGACAUUGCAGCCAGGCACCUGCUUGUGGAGAGCUUCUGUUUGUUACUGGCACUUGGAGUUUGGAGAUCAGGAAAGCAGGUGUCCAACUGCCAAAAGAUUUCCCUCAUGCCAUAAGGAUAUGGUACAAAACAAAGCCAGAAGGAAGAUCACUUAGCUGGACUACAGACCAAUGUGACAGGCCAUGUGUUUAUACAGUGGGGUCUCCAAUAAACAACAGGGCCCUUUUUCCAUGCCAAGAACCGCCUGUUGCCAUGUCAACGUGGCAAGCUACAGUCCGAGCAGAUGCAUGCUUUGUUGUUUUAAUGAGUGGUGAAAAAGUAGCGGAACCAACAGAAACUGAAGAAGGUGUAUUAAAUUGGUUUUAUUAUGUGACCAUGCCAGUGCCAGCAUCUACCUUCACUAUUGCUGCAGGGUGCUGGGCAGAAGUUAAAAGAAAAACUUGCGCAACUGAUGUUCAGAGGAAUGAUGGGUUCUUUCCACUGUUGUCAAAGGCGGAUGUCAGGUUGUUAGAACAGGCUUGUGGUCAUGUGCCAUAUCCUUGCCGUUUCCAAGAUCCUGCUGCUGUUUCUCAGGCAGUUAUUCCUCAUCGUAUCUUUGCUCCACUGUGCCUUGAGAAACCCUGUGAAGAUGUUCUACUGCAGCUGAUUCCUCAGUGUCUCUCAGCUGCUUAUGAGCUACUGGGUACCCAUCCCUUUUCUAGGCUUGAUGUCUUGAUUGUCCCGUCCAACUUUUCCAGUCUUGGAAUGGCCAGCCCACACAUCAUCUUCCUAUCACAGAGCACAUUAUCUGGUGGGAGCCACCUCUGUGGAGCACGCCUGUGCCAUGAAAUUGCUCAUGCCUGGUUUGGUUUGGCCAUUGGUGCACGUGACUGGACUGAAGAAUGGCUAAGUGAAGGAUUUGCCACUCACCUAGAAGAUGCAUUUUGGUCAGCAGCUCAACAGCAGCUGCCAGUUGAUGAAGCAAAAGACCAGCAGGAACUGAAAGCUUUGCUGCGAUGGCAACGUCUUAGAGAUGAGAUGCAGAACUCUGAAGAAGAUCUGCAAGUAUUAAGGCCCAAUAAAGAGAACACUGGCAAAGUGAGUGAAUCUGGAGUAUGUGUUAUCAAACAUGGCCUGAAUGCAGAAAAAGUCUUCAUGCAAGUUCACUACCUGAAGGGCUAUUUUCUUCUGCGGUCAUUAGCAGGGAAAGCUGGAGAAGCUACAUAUUUUGCCUUUUUAAGCAAGUUUGUGCAGGCUUUUCAUGGACAACUGAUACUCUCUCAGGAUUUUCUUCACUUUUUACUGGAAGAUAUUCCACAGCUAAAAGGGUAUGGCCUAUCGGUUGAAAACAUUUUCCAGAAGUGGCUUGACUGCACGGGAAUCCCAAAGUCUUUGCUGGAGGAGAGUCAGGCUUGGCAGGAUUGUCCACUAGUCCAGCAAGUGAAGGAAGAGGUCAUAAAAUGGAUUCAAGUAAAUCAGAAAGCCAGAAAAAGCAGCAAAAGGAAAAGGCGAUGUGAGGAAGCUGCUUUCCAAAAGCUUUCCCCAGACCAGCUGGUCUUACUUCUGGAGUGUCUCUUGGAAAAGAAGACAUUAUGUUCAAAAAUGUUGGAGUGCUUACAGAGAACUUACCACCUCCGUGAGCAGGAUGCAGAGGUUCAACAUCGAUGGUGUGAACUUGUUAUCAAACACAAAUACAUAGCAGGGUAUGCUGAUGUUGAGAAAUUCCUCAAGGAAGAUCAGGCAAUGGGUGUCUAUCUGUAUGGAGAAUUAAUGGUGAAUGAGGAUGCAAAACAGCAAGAAAUUGCACAUAAAAUUUUUGCCACAACACGUGACCAAAUGGAUGUGUCCUCAGCAACAGUAGUGGCAGAGAUGUUAUUUUAAUAAGGUGGUUUCCCUCCCCUUCAUAGUUCGUCACUGUCCAAUUUUCAGUGUGGAGUGGUGGUGGUGGAGGGAAAUACAGUUAAUGAAUACGUUGAUUUGUCAAGACCUGAAGUCAUAUAAAAUGCUCAAAGUAAAGAACAAUAUCCAGAAGGGCAGCUGUGUUAAGCAACAAUACAAUCAUUAACGGGUAAAAUUAGGAACCAGAAAGAUAAUCAAUGUUUCAUUACAAGAUUUGGAUAUGGUUUUUCUACAACAAAGGUAAAAGGAAGCAAUUUUCUCAAUAAUAUCCUUAUUUUGUAUUAGUGAGCAAAUAUUCUUUUGUUGAACUGAUUAAUUAUAAUUUCCAAAGUAAGAUAUUCCAACUAGUUAUUUCUUAAGACUUUAUAGACAGAACAUAGCAAGAAACAAUGUGGUGCCUCGGUAUGUGGGCAAAGUUUGUAUGUGGUGUACUUUGAUUUGGAGCAUACUACCUCUAUGGAGCUAGACCAUGUGAAAAAAGAGACAUUUUGGAGUCAGUACUUUAGCAAAGAUUGUUAUGUUCAAUGGCAGUUGCAAACUGUGGUCAGAACAUAGAUCUGUUGAGGAGGCUCAAAAGAAUCCACACAAAUUUGGUUCAUCAAAAUUGGUCAUCUGUAAGUAUGGUUGGAGCAUGUGAGAUUGGCAAGCUAUAGCUUAUAUUGUUCUUUCUCCUUUGUUGCCAGGAUGUUUGAUAGAGCUCUCAGGAAAUAAAAAUUAAUCUUUGCUUCUGGA